CUUUGCUGCGGUGCUGCUGGUGCUGCUGCUGGGGUCGCACGCGUCGCACGUGCGUGCGGGAAGUUCGCGUAGAUUUAUUGUUGUUUAUUGUGGAGUGAUGAAUAUGAGCGUUUUAGAGCCUCAUUUCAGCCCUGUAACAGGAAGGAUGGAAUGGGAGCUACGUCCCGAUGAGUACGACCAUCACCAAGAAAUAGCAAGGAGUGCAUUUGCCGAUAUGCUCCAUGACACUGAAAGGAAUCGUAAGUACCACUUGGCAUUACGAGAGGCAAUCGACCAGAUUCGGAAGCAGGGGAAGAAAGUGAAAGUUCUGGAUAUUGGUACUGGCUCUGGUCUCUUAGCAAUGAUGGCAGCAGAGUAUGGUGCUGAUAGUGUUCAUGCAUGUGAGGCAUUCUUACCAGUUGCUGAGAAAGCAGAACAUGUCAUAGCAGACAAUAAGCUUUCCAAUAAAAUUCAGCUCAUUCGGAAACGAUCAACAGAAGUUCAAGUUGGCAAAGGCAAAGAUAUGGAGGAGAAAGCAAAUCUAUUGGUGACAGAAGUUUUUGACACAGAGCUCAUUGGUGAAGGGGCCAUCGAAACUUUCACCCAUGCUCUUCAGGAAUUACUAGAGCCAGACUCCAUUGUAGUUCCCCAACAAGCCACAGUCUAUGCUCAAGUUGUGCACUCCCCAUUCUUGUACAGUUUCCACACCCUUCUGCCGCUAGAGGUAACGCCCCAGUCAUUUAUUACAGUUCCCGAGAGCAUUCGGAAGUGUGCUGGUGCACCUGCUGUGCAUGACCUCCAACUUAGUCAGCUACAGCCUUCAGAAUUUAUUCCACUUUCACAGCCUGUGCCCGUCUUCCGAUUUGACUUUAAUGACGUUCGCACAUUGGCUAAAAAGGACCAACAAGUUGAUGCCAUUGUGGCUCGAGAAACUGGGAAGUGCCAUGUUGUACUCAUGUGGUGGGAGUUGGCCAUGGAUCAAGGAAAAAAGAUCAUACUCAGCUGUGCUCCUUACUGGGCUCACCCUGAAGGACAAACGGCUCCUUGGCGUGAUCACUGGAUGCAGGGAGUGUACUACGUUUCUCAUGCCCUGGAAGUGGAAAGAGGAGAGACGUUCUAUUUGAAUUCCUGCAGGGAUGAAUACAGCAUGUGGUUUGCAGUAGACAGGAAAACAACAGAGAAUGUAGAGCGUCCAAUCUGUCUUUGUGGACUGCACAUGAUAAUGAGUCGAACACGAAUAGCCAUGUUGAAUGACGUUACGAGGCAACAAAAAUAUAUCUGCACACUCCAAAAGGUGGUUGCACCUAGCUCAGUCUGUCUCUGUUUAGGAAGUGGAAGCCAGCUGCCAUUAAUAGCUGCGAAGCUGGGUGCCAAAAUGGUGUAUGCAGUUGAAACUGAUAAGAUACUGCAAGGAACUUUGAAAGAAUAUAUUGCAGAGAACCAUAUUAAUAACAUCACUGUUCUCGAUGACAUCCCAUUCCAUCUGCCUGACAGUGGCACCAAUAAAGUGGUGGAUAUUUUCAUGGCAGAACCUUACUUCAGCACAAGCCUACUUCCAUGGCACAACCUCCAGUUCUGGUUCCUGAGGCCCAGCGUAUCCCAUCUCUUUGCAGAUGGAGUUGUUACUAUACCCUGCAAAGCUGUGAUUCGAGCUAUGGCAGUGGAGUUCAGUGACCUGUGGAAAAUUCGUGCUCCUGUGGUUCAAACAGAAGGCUUUGACCUCACUUCGUUUGAUAAACUGGUAGAGGUAUCUCAAAAUAUUAGUGACGAUGUAGUGGAGCCACAGCCCUUGUGGGAAUACCCAUGUACUGCUCUGACAGAUCCUUUUGUUUUGGCUGCUUUUGACCUGUCCUCAAACCUACCAUCAACUGCAUGUCACAGUGUUAAAACUGUAGGCUUCCAAAGUAAUGGCACAUGCAAUGGUGUAGCAGUCUGGAUGGAUUUUGAGCUGGACUCCAAUACUGUGGUCACUACAGGCCCCACAGAACAAGUACAGCCAGGUCGCAAAGUACAGUGGGAUCACUGUUCUCGUCAAGGGGCAUAUUUCUUCAAAAGUGGUGGCCAUCUCAUUGACAUGACUCAUACAAACCUCACAGCCAGCAUAGAGUUGAAUGCUUCAAGUGGGACGAUACAAUUUACGUUUGUGAUAGAUUGACUUUAAUUUACUGUAAUAAUUGUAAUAUAAGUAAAAGAACACAUUUUGUGCA